AUGGCGGGGCUCUUGGGGUUAUUUCUAGCAACAGUCGAGCUUCUACUUUUUUUUAUCUUUGACCUCAUCUUAGCGAGGGUUCUCAACACUCUGAAGUUGGACCACCCGGAGCUGGAGGAAUGUGCGCCGGAGGACUUGCCUGAUUUGGACCCCGCCGCCAUCGUUGACACACUGCGGCAUAAUCUUGAGGAGUUAUACGACCACCAGCAUCGACGCUUUACUGGCGACACGAAGGAAUACACGUCAUUUAACGAAACGAACGUUGAAUUUGCACCGGUACCACCACCGCCUCCAUGCAACCGAGAGAAGAUCCUGCAUGGCAUCAUUUUGGUGUGCGGCCCGGCGGCACCACUCUUUACAUUUUUGCAGUUUUUGUUUCCCACUGCAUUUGGCUGGUGUCGCUUUCUAUUGCCGGUGUGGAUGCAAUACGCUGCCCUCAUUCCCGGGUUGGCAGCCGUCUUUGUGUUUGCGGCCCGCACGACACACGUGGCGCAAUACUCCGAUGUUAGUAAACAGCAGUGGAUUCUACUCAUGUGGUUUCGCCUGGAUUUCAUGUGCAUCAUGAGUGUGGUGGCCCUUUGUGGUGCCGGUGCGUGGCUGGUCGCAGGGUGUAUGUUUGCCGUUGCUCUUUAUCUGGCCCACCGUGUCAUGCGCAUUGAGAAGCGCCUGGCCCACCUCACACAUGAGACGCAGCUGGUACGGGGCGAAGUGGACAUUGAGCACGUCUAUCUGCCAGGGAGUGAGCAGGCCGAGCGGGCAUUGGCAUCCUCGGAUGUGCAAGGGUACAACGCUCUCAAGUAA